AUGCCUUCCUCAGGCAUUAUCGUCAUCGGCGCGGGGGUCACGGGCCUUACGGCAGCAACGCUCCUGCAGCGAGAAUAUCCCAACAUUGCGAUCACGAUCGUCGCGGCAGAAACACCCAGCACAUCGCUGGACGGCCACCCCAGUGCGGACUACGCUUCCAUGUGGGCGGGCGCGCACUAUCGACCUGUCCACCCGCUCACGACACCACAGCUGCAAUUCGAGCAUAAACUGGCGAUGCACACCGCGGAAAUCAUGCGCCGCAUCGCGCGCGAGAACCCUGAGGCCGGCGUCGCGGAGAUGCCUGCGUUGGAAUAUUUCGAGAAUCCUCCGCCUGAACUCCUCCGCCUGAAAACAGGGGACGUGUACGCAUGGCCGCGCGAUGGGUUUCGCGUUCUCGAGCAGCAGGGCUUACCCCAGAACGCGGAAUGGGGAUGUGAAUAUCAGAGCUAUUGCAUCAAUGUGCCGGUGUAUUGUGGGUGGCUGAUGGAUCGCUUCGUCGCAAGAGGCGGGAGAGUCAUCCAACGUCGCCUGUCGUCUGUAGGUGCAGCAUUUGACUGCGCGCGAGAGGAUGGCGUGGGAGGGAAUUCACUCGUGGUGAACUGCUCGGGUCGCAACUUCGACGCAGACUCCAAAGUCAAGAUUAUACGGGGCCAGACCGUGCUGGUCAAACAGCAAUACUACCGCACUGUUACUUGGCAGAGCGCAGAUGGGACGUGGGCGUUCUUGAUCCCUCGACCGAAUGGUGGAGGGACCAUCGUCGGCGGGACAAAGGAAAUCGAUGAUUGGGAGUCAGCACCCCGCAAUGAGACAAGAGAACGGUUGUUGACAAGGUGUGUUGAGUCGUUUCCCGAUUUUGUGAAGACCGUGGAGGAAUUCGGGAUUUUGAAGGACAAUGUCGGGCGCAGACCGUGGAGGGAGGGCGGCUAUCGGUUUGAGAUUGAGCAGAUCGCUCCUGAAAAGACCAUCGUCCAUGGAUAUGGCGCAGGAGGCCGCGGUUAUGAGUUGAGUUGGGGCGCCGCUGGCAAAAUCCUUGAGCUUGUUAAGGAGGUUCUUGGUGGGAAGGCGAAGUUGUGA